GGUUGGGCUAUAGAAAAGCCCGUGUAUCGCCAUUUCGCCCAGCUUCCCGGCCUUCCUUGUCCAUCUCCCUUUUCUCUCCUCCUCCUCGCGUGCUCCCCGCGCCGCCUGCGCCGAUCUCUCCGUCCCGCUGCCGGCGGCGCCGCGCCCCCACCCCUGCUGCUGCUGCUGCUGCUUCCGCGGCAUCCUCGCGGAGCUCCCCCUCCGCUGCCGCCGAUCCCCGUCCCUCGUAGCACCGGGGUGCUGGCGUCGUCCGCCCUGCUGCUGCUGCUGCCGCUGCUUCUUCUUCUCCCGCCGCAUCCUCCUCCUCGCCGGAAUUGAAAUAAAGGAUUACCACAUUAAGGUUGAGGGUCAGCUCGUAAAGCAAAUUUUCAGCAACACACUGAUGACUCCAAAAUGGAGUGAAUGCUCUUCAAAUAGUUAUAGAGAAUUAUCUUCAAAGGAAAAUGGAGAAGGGAAAUCAUCCAUAACAGAAGCAGUGCCUUCAUCUACAAGCUAUUUUGGUUCACCAGCUGUCAACAGAAUGUGUUCUCUAUCUGCACAAAAGAAGGAUGGCAAUGUCUAUAAAAGGAGGAAGAUGGAGAAGGAUUCAACUUCCCUUACAGCAAAUGAAGAAUUUAAAGAAAUGACAGCUCAAAACUGCACUUCUGAAGAUCACUCUUCAUUACUGCUACCUGUUACUUCAGAUGCAAUGGUUUCAAAUUCAACGGCACCUAUCCUUGAACAUGAUGAGCCUGCUGGAGUUCCGCUGGUGCCAAGAUCUGGUGUGAAUGAUAGAUCUUCAGUAUCUAGUAUGCUGCCACCUUUCAUGAUGUUUGAUAAAAAGGAUGCUACUGAAUGUUCCUCGUCAAAUAUUGGUUCUACAGAACCAAUGACAGGCUUCACAUCGGCAAGGGAUCUUUGCAUUGCCAUACUGAGGGAAGAUGGACUCAUAACUGAAUCUCGAACUAAAAUCAAGGCAGAGGAAUUGACUGGUUAUGAUGCCAACUUACUGUUCCAAUGCAAAACUUGUGGGAAAUCAGACCAUCCAUUAAAGAUGCUUAUAUGUGAUUCUUGCGAAGCAGCGUUCCAUCUGUCUUGUUGCAUCCCUCGUGUUCAUGAGGUACCAACUGAUGAAUGGUAUUGUCUGCCAUGCUUCAGGAAGAAACCAAAGAGUCAGUAUGGCAAGCUGUCAGAGGGAAAGGUCAAAUCUUCAGGGAAUAUCAACCAAAGGCCUCAUGGCAUGAGUCAUAUAGAGUACAUGUUAAAAGAUACCAAACCAUAUGUUACUGGGGUUCGAAUUGGUAUAGACUUUCAAGCAGAAGUGCCAGAAUGGUCUUGUCCUACUUCCAGUGGUGAUGUUUAUUGCGAGGAGCCCUCUGAAUUUGAUUCUGCUGACCUCACUAAACUGAACUGGUCAAAAACUAAUACUCAGUAUAGAUCUUCAAUCGGUAAUUGGAUACAAUGCUGUGAGAUCUUGAGUGAAGGAGAUUCUGAUAAGCCAGUCGUCUGCGGCAAAUGGAGACGGGCACCUCUAUUUGUUGUUCAGUCAGAUGAUUGGGACUGCUCCUGUUGUCUACCUUGGGAUCCAGCUCACGCUGAUUGUGCUGUUCCGCAGGAAUUGGGUACGGAUGAAGUUCUAGGGCAGCUGAAGUACGUGAGGAUGACUUGAAGAAUUAGUAAGUAGUACAGACGAUGAGUUUUUUGGGUCAGGAAAAGGGCACAUUUUGAGAAUAGCACAGCAAUUUAAGAAUUAGGUCCACACCUAGCCUGUCUAAAGAGUAAAUUGCACUCGUGGUGGCGGAUCUAGAAAUUCCCUUGAGCCUGGGCAAGCCUAACAGGGGCUGAUGUAGCAUCCCCUAAAAGAAGCAGAUUAAGUAGAGUUAUUAAGUGAUAAUCCAAUGUCUGAUGCAGCGGAGCCUAGGCAACUGCCCGUGGUGCCCGGGCCCUAGCUCUGCUACUGCACUCUCACGGUACAACAACUCGGCAGGUGUGUGUGAUCUAGUACAAGAACUUGAGAAUUGAACGCCUAGUUGCAACAACUUGGCAAGUGGGUGCAUUCUAGUUCAAGAAUUUGACAAUAUUUAUAGUAUUUUGGUGCAACAACUUGGUUAGGGAUGUUGUGCUGUUUUGGUCAACGAGUGCUAGAUGAGUUAUUCCAUGAUGUCAAUAUGCCAUCACAUAGAGCAAUCCUGUGGAUAUUAUCUUGCAAUAUUGGAUUUAAUGUAUAAGAACUACGUUGCUUAACCAAUUUGCACCCUUGGUUUGGAUUUUUUGUUUCACUUUCUCAAAUGUUAACCGAAAUACAAAAUUUUCUGCAUAGUAAAAUUUAAUUGACUUGUAGUUACUAGAAUGAAAAAAAUAAGUAUGCGUAUACAAAUUUGCGCAAGUAUAUUGACAACGAAAGUACAUAAAAAAUCGAAUCUGUAAAGCAAAAAGAUGCUUGAAAUAAUUAGUUCUUGCAUCACUACUUAAGUUAUUAUACCAAAAUCAUACCCGCCUUGCAAGUUGUUGCACCCGUAAGCUCACUUAUAUAUUGCACCCAUUUACUAAGUUGUUGCACUAGCAUACUCACUUCUCAAGUUCUUAUUAAAAAAUAAAUAUUUUUUUGACUUGUUUUAUCAUCAAAGAAACUAUAAUCUUACUCUUUUACAUAUUUAUACUAAAAUUUUGAAUUAGAUGAAUGGUCAAACGUUAUGCGAAAAGUCAAUGGUGUCAUUCUUUUUGAGAUGGAGGGAGUACUGAACUGCACCUACUUGCUAAGUUGAUGUACUGUGAAUGCAAUUUACUCCUAUCUAAAUCAUCUGCCGACAUCAUAAAUCUUUGUUCCUCUUGUGCAGUUCUUGUCAUGCCUGUGUUAGUGGAACGAUGUAUUGCUGUACCAUGUUCUUGUUUGUUAGAAUUAUCAUCAAAUUCUGUAUGCAUAUGCUUCAAUAUGUUUUCAACUGAGUUACUAGUUCAGUUCUUGCAUUUACUCAUGCUUGGUAUAGUAGUAAAUCCUUUAAAAUCCCUCUGUAGCAAUCUUAUAAAAAUUAAGUAACAUAUAAGUUAAUUAAAUAUUACAUAUAAUAUAUCGAAUAUAUUAAUAUAUAUUAAAUAUUUAAAUAUGUUAAUUAAAUAUUUGUUUAUCAAAUUAAUAUAUUUUAAAUUAAAUAUAUUUAGCUUAUCCAGAUUCGUAGUACUAUAAAGUGUCCCAUCCAUCCAAAAUCCCUUAUAUUUUAGGACGGAGGGAGUAGUAAAUCCUUCUAGAUGAGUACAUAGAACUGUUACCACUUAGGGGAACUUUCUUGGCAAUCAUGGAUAGAUUCUUUGCAAUUGUUGCUUUGUAAAUUUUCGCCUUUUUUCUGUACAUAACUCUCUUAACAUAUAUUAAUAGAUAGCGCAGUAAGAGUCUCCUGCUGUUUUCCAUAAAAAAAAGAAAAAAAAAACUAACCUGGGGAACCUGUGCUUCCUGUUUUUGACUGUCCUCAGAUGCAAUAGCUGUCAAAUUUUGGUUAGGGCAAUUUUAUUUUCUUUCAUACAGGACAUUAAUUAAACAAAAUGCUAUAUGAUUAUUGAUUUUACUAUUGUCAAUUGGCGAGCUAAAAAUAUCUGUCUGAACCUAAUUUAUGUAAUGAACUCAAGGUUUCGAAUCAACUGACAUCUUCUCUUUCAU